UUAUUAAGCAAAACACCUCUACCUUUUUGGCUGUUGCCUCCUGUUCACGGGGACAAGAGCAGUAAGUGAAAGUAACAGACGGACAUGAAGAGCCUCAAUUUGUGGCCGAACCCUAAUGGAAGGAUUUUGCCUCGCAUUUCAACAUGUCCAACACUCAACCUUGUCUAUUCUGUUCCUCCUUCUCCUUCUUCAGUUCGAUGCCAUAGCUCUCCAACUCAAUUGCCGCUCAGGUGCGCAGUGCUCGGUGCUGGAUUCGCUGGCCUCUCAGUUGUUUGGCAUUUGUUGAAGCAAAGUCCUAAGGAGUUGCAAAUGAGAAUUGAUAUAUAUGAUGAAGUGGGUAUUGGGGGUGGUGCUUCUGGAGUAUCUGGGGGUCUUCUUCACCCUUAUUCCCCUAAAGUUAAGCUUCUCUGGGAGGGUGCUCAGUGUUGGAAAGAGAGCAUGAAGCUUUUGAGAGUUGCUGAAGAAGCUAGUGUCUCCAAAGACUGCAGAACUGGAGAAUCUGCUGAAGAUAUGAAAGCUUUUGUAGCUCACAAAAGGGGCAUCUUAAGACCAGCAACAGAUAUGAAGAACAUGAUCAAAUUGAAUGAUAAUGUCAAGACUUGUCUUCCUAGCUGCAGAGUAGAAACACUUAAUGACAAAGAGGCUCAAAGUCUUUUACCUGGUGUAUGUUUACCAUUCAACACUGCUUUCUAUAUGCCUGAAGCUCUAAAUAUCAAUUCCCAACACUAUCUUCAGGCACUUUUCCAAGGUUGCAAAAAUUUGGUGAAAGAAUCCUCCACUCUUGAGUCUGGACACAAACAACUUAGUUUACACAAAAGAUCUGUUCAUAGACUUUCCGAUUUUGAAGGGGAAUAUGACGCAGUCAUCAUAUGCCUAGGUGCCAAGGUGAACAUGCUUCCUGAGAUCUCGGGGAGGCUUCCUUUAAGGACUUGUAGGGGUGUAAUUGCACACCUGGAAUUGCCUGAUGAUAUGAUCGGUUAUCCCGAGAGUGGGCCGUCAAUAUUAUCAGAUGCAUGGAUUUCUGUUCAGGGUCCUCGUAGUCUGAAAGUGGGCUCAACUUGGGAGUGGAAAUCCAUUAAUUCAUUGCCAAAUGUCUCAACUGACGAAGCUACGAAAGCUCUUCUGGAGCUUUUGCCAAAGGCAUCUACCAUUUAUCCUGGAAUAAAGGAUUGGGUUUUCACUGGAGCAAGAGCUGGUCUGAGGGCAAUGCCUCCACUCACCACCCUUGGAUCACUUCCACUUUUGGGUUGUAUAAAUGAUGUAAUAGGCAGAAACCAUACUUGUAGGUAUUGGUUAUUUGGAGGGUUAGGUUCAAGAGGAUUGUUAUACCAUGCUUGGCUAGGUAAUUUGAUGGCACAAGCUGUGCUUUCCUGUAAUGAAGAAGUCAUUCCAUCUGAGUUGACAUCUUGGAAAGCCACUGAACCCAAAAUUUAGCAUUCAAUUCUAAAUACAUUAUGACAAUGUUGAAUUUAGAAGAGAAAUUUUCCUGAGCUUUGAAUCUUGUGUAGCUUUACUGUGAUGCACAGGGAAAGCUACAAAAGAUUGGUUUGUA